AUGGUGGGCAGCAAGCCGAUUUCUGAUUCCGGUCGUUCUUUGGUUGUGUUAUUCAUCAUCAGAAAUCGAUUAAGAGAGAGGCAAACAAUAUUUUCUCUAAUUUCUAGAACCAUGACCCAUACAAUCGAACGUUGUCGACUCCCCCUUAUCAGAUUCUCCCCACCGCCUCCCUUAUCCGAUAUUUCCAUCCGUGUCGAAUCGGCCUCAUUUCCUCUGCACUUUCUACUCCGUCGCAACAACGCAACGAGGACACAAGAGGAUUUGAAUGGGUUAGUUGGAGACGUUGGGUACAAGUUUGGGAAGCAGAAAGACCCAAUAAGGUUACUACUUUUGGAUGAGAAACAUGCCUAUAAGGCAUUCGAUGAAAUGCCUGAUCCGAGCAAUUUUGUUUGGGGGGGAGACGGAAGGCGAGGGAAGACAGGGAAGAGUGUAGCAGCAGGUGCACUUGCAAAUGCUAAAAGCCUCACUUCAAAUCGCAAGGAACAAUUAAUUAAGUGA